AUGAAUACUCUUCGCUCCUGCCGGCCGCUGGCUCGCCAGGCCGUCUCCCUCGCCCAGCGCCGCCUCGUCGCCUCGGACGCGCCCACGCUGUACACGGCGACGGCUACGACGCAGGGCCCGCGCGGCGGCCAGAUCGACGGCAGCGAGGGCUUCCGCUCGGCGUACGCCAUGCCCAAGGCCCUCGGCGGGCCCGGCGGCGAGCAAAAGACCAACCCCGAGGAGCUCUUCGCCGCCGGCUACAGCAACUGCUUCCAGGUGGCCAUGAACCUGGCCGCCAACAGCAUGAAGGUCCGCCUGCCGCGCAAGAUGGAGGACUGCCAGGUCAAGGCCAUUGUCAACCUGAUUGGCGACAUUCGCGCGAUGGACAUGGGGUUCAAGGUCGGCCUCGAGGUCCGCGUCAAGGGCAUCGAGCAGGCCGAGCUGGAAAAGGUGGUGGAAAAGGCAAAGGAAAUCUGCCCGUAUCAUCGCGCGACGCACGCGGCGGUGGAAACGGACAUCCAGGUCUUUAGCGUGCAAUGA